CAGUCAGUCAGCUGUGAGCGGACCCACCGACCAACCACUAGACCCGGGACGGUGGCGGUGCAGCCCCGCAGGUCCUCACCGGAGCUUCACACGGUACAUUCACCGGCCGACAUGGACUAACAGCAGCGGAGACACUCAGCUUCAAACCCGCGUCCCUCCCUCCCCCCCUCCCCCUGUGGUGGCCAAGUGGCGUCAUGGCGUCCCGGCUGCUCGACCGUCUGAAGCGCUCGCUGUUUAAAGAUGGUCAGGGGGCGGGACCCGAGCAGGAAGCGGCAGGCGGACAGGAAGAGGAGGAGUUUAAAGAGGACCACUGGGAGGCGGAGCUGGAGGAGGAGGAGGAGUGCGUGACCGAUCGGCUCGGGGGGACGCUGUGCUUCGACAGCGGAGGAGGAGGAGCAGAGGAUGGAGCCGAGGGCGAGGGAUCAGGGCUGGACAGUGACUCAGACUUCCUGGGAGAGUCAAUGGAGGAGGGGCUCAGCAGCACAGACACCAGUCCUGUGGGCGUGUCUCCAGUUGGCCCCUCUGCGUCCUUCCUGCUGACUCGGCAGCUUCAGGAGAGCUGGAGGACCCUGCGUGGACUCGGAGGAGGAAGUCCCACCUCGGCUGGGAGGCAGCUGACAGACAACUUGCUGUUUGAGGUGACCGACGCCAGUGUGGUGCAGGACGGCUCCUCUAAAUAUGUGCUGUACACCAUCCAUGUGAUCCAGUCUGGCGGCAGCGAUAAGACUCCAGCCAUCAUCACACGCCGAUACUCCGACUUCCAGCGGCUCCACGCUACCCUGCGCCGUAACCACGGAGACCAGAUGGAGCGUGUCUGUUUCCCACGAAAGAAGCUGCGCAGGAACUUCACGGCAGAGACGAUCGCCAAGCGGAGCCGAGCAUUUGAGCAGUAUCUGUCUCACUUGUGUUCCCUGUCGGCCCUGCGGGGGGCGCUGUGUGUCCGACAGUUCUUCUACCUGACUGACCUGCAGACCGGACAGCUGCUCAUCAGGGUUGGACGUUACCAGGAGGCCUUGGGUCCGCUGCUCAACGCCAAGAGACUGCAACACAAACUGGGCUGGGCAAGUUACUAUGACAACCAGGCUCAGGCCCCGCCCCCGUCCUCCUCCCAUUGGUUCUUCACCCUGGUGGGACUGUCGAGCUGUUUCCAGGAAGUGGACCAGCUGGAGGAGGCACGGGAUCACUGUGACCUCGCCCUCCGUGUCCUGACCCCCGCCGAGACUGACACAGGGGGAGACAGGCCCCUCCCACUCCAAGAUAAACCCCGCCCACUGACUGAACAGCACGACUCAUCAAGACGGCGCCUCGACAGGCCACACCCCCUCCUGUUGCCGUUGUUACAGGCGGUGGUUCGGCUGUCGUGGCAAACAGGAAGGGACAAGCGGCAGUGGGAGGAGCUUCUGCAGCACCUGGAGGAGCAGAGGGUGGGGCUAGACAAUCAGCCAACCAUCAAAGAGUUUUUGGUCAAACACAACCUUCUGGAGAGCGAGGGGGAGGGCUAGAACAACACACACACACACACACGUGCACACUGCAGAGUACAAUCACUACACUGCAACACGAGUGCUGCCGCCACUGUUUGAAAAAACAUCAGAGAUUUUGGGAAUAAAGUGAUGAGAAAAUGUUUCUCAUCACUUGGAAAUUUGUUAUUCUAAAAAAAUUUUUUAAAUAAAUGAAAAAAAAAAAAAAGAGCAAAAAGUGAAAAUAUAAUAAAUAAAAUAAUAUUAGUCAGAAGUCAAAAUACAAUAACAUUGAAAUAAAAAAUCUGAGAACCAAAUUGUAAUGAUGGAGCAAAAAAAGGUGCAAAUAAAAGUCAUAAUAACGUGUUGUCCGUCUCAUAGCAUCGUGACUUUUGUCUUGCAUAAAGUCUGAAAACAUUGUUUCUGAUAAUAUUAAGACUUUUCUUAAAGUACAACUUCUUUCCUCAAAGUAUUUCCACUUUGUUUUCAGUGUCUCUGAUUUUGUUUUCUAACAGUGGCUGUGACGCUCCGUCAGCAUCAUCAUGUGAUCAAUCAUCCUUUAAAGCCUUAAACCGGUUCAGUGAUCACAAACACUCUGAUGCUUCAGAUCAGGAGGUUUCCUGUUUUUAUUCCAAAGUGUGGGUCGCUCUGACUUCACAAUAAUCCUUAAAAAAAGACAGAUCUGCAGCCGUAUUCACGUAUUGUACAAUUGUUAGGAGUCAGUGUUGUGAUGGUCUACGAAAAUUCAUAAAGGGAGAAUUUUGUCAAACAAUUUCCCUUAAAACUAAAUCCAAGUAAUGAAAAGCUACCUGCAAAGCAUGUUGGCACUGAAAAUGGUUUAAAACUAUUUUACAGUUUGGAGAAAGAAAUCUGAAAUAUAUAAAUCCAAAUACAUGAAUAUAUAAUGUGUAAGGCUUUGGGGAGCAGAGGAAAACACAGGGUUCUAUCUGUGUUCACCAGCUUGCAGUAUUAUUCUCUGCUGCCUUUGCUUGUUUAUUGCUGUAUUUCUGUCACUCAGUCCCUCCAGGAUGUUUCGAUCGCAGCAAUUGAUGCCGGGUUCACGCUACACAAAAUCAGCUCGGCAUGGCAUUGACCAGUAUCGGCUCGGAUCAUGAAUGACAGUGACGGUCCUGCGCAGUAAUCCAUCGUUUUAUCUUGUGUAGUUUGUCAUAGCAGACAACAGCUAACGCCACGUCUUGGACGCCUCACGAUGUCCCGACAGAAAGUCUAGCCUGUUUGAUUUUCUUUUUGUCUCUCACGACUUCUCCCGUCACAGCCGUCACUUUGACCAAUAGGAACACAGAGCGAUCUGUUGCCGUGGAAACUGUACGACAACAAUAGCGCAGCCUUUCAGAUAUUUCCUGUAGGGACGUUAGCACACACAGUAAAAAGGAAACAGCUGAUUAUCAACCCGCUGAGUACUGCCAUUAGCAUCAAGCUAGCAAACAAUGUUCUUUCUUCAUAAUGGAGGAUAUAAAGGAAUCAAACUCACAGAUAGUGUCUGGUCCUUUACUCAGCACAGCUGCAGAGGCUCCCAGCUGCAUCUCUAAGACACUACAUUAGAAACAGGAUGUCAUUUUUCUUCUAUUUUUAGUUUAAUCCGCUCCUGUUCAUCCUGUUAAAUUUAAUGCGUUGUGCCGUCAUUUCAAACGCAACACUUCCUGUAUCAGUUUCAGAUUAAAAGCCCCCGUUCAUUUCAUUUUUUUAUGUGGUACUUAAAAUGUAGCUCCGCCCAUCUUGUGACACUUUUUACGGUACUACAGUAACAUUACUGCUGGGACAUGAACAGACACACAGACUGAAAUAAUAGUAGUAACAAUAAUAAAAAACAGGAUGAGAAUAAUCCGAUGACGUCACGCACAUUGUGAAAGACGAUCGGAGAUGAUUGGUCGUGGACCAGUGUGUAGUGUGUCAUGUCUGUCGGCCAAGUCACGGCAAGAUUUUAUGACUCCACAGUCGUCUAAUCUGACUGUCUGCAUGGAUAAAAAUGUUUAGUAGUCUGAACCCAGCGUAACCCAAAUCAGCCAAUUUAGUGCAAUUACUACAACUUCAACAUAAAUUUGUUUAAAACAGGUAAAAUCUCAUUUCAAAGUGGAUCUGUGUGCGGUGUAUCGAUUCAUUCAGCCUCCCUCUCUGUUUAUCAUGAAACUGCUGCUGUUCUGUGACAGAGACGCACAGUGACAGGGCUAACUGUUAGCAUCACACAGCUAACGUUACUCAAUGUUUAUUAACAGCUUUAAUGACAGUCGAGCCGUGUUGGUGUCGGUGGGAGAUUGUUGGGACUGUUUAACGGCUCCAUGUCACGUGUCAGCCGCUGCUGCUGUGUUAGCUUGUUCUCACCGGGCAGGGACAGCAGGAGGGGAGCAGGUGACAGAGACGGGCCUCCAGUGCUGCGUCAAACUGCAGCAACAGCUGAUCGUCACUGAUCACCCCGCCAUCACAGAUAGAUUCUAAUUCUGUGAGAAACACUGAAUGCUCAUAAUGUGCUUCAAACCCGUGACGGCAUCGCAACGGUUUUUGCAGUUUUCACUUGCUUCUGCAAAAAACUGCCUGAAAACAUUGUUACAUGAAUCUCAAGUUGUGAGAAAAGCUGCCAUAAAAUCAAACAUGUCGGGCCGCAACAAUUGCAGUGACAUCCUGGAGGGACUGAACACCUCCACCUGUAGGUCAGUGGGAUCGUGUGAAACCAUUGGCAGGACUGUGUAGCAGGUCCCAUGUACAUUGAGUCCUCGAGACGAACAAAACAGGGACCACAUGACCUGCGGUGCAGGUACAGGUCAGAAACUCUAUAUAAAGAAUGUAAAGGCAAUGACAUCAGCUGUAGAUUAAACAGCAAUAAUCAGUUCAGUGGUGAGACAAUCUUCAGUAAAUAGUUUAUCACAACUGAAAGAAAGAUAUUACACCUGAGGUAUCUCCAGCUGCUGCUCACCUGAAUGCACAGCUGUGACUCCACCUUUAGGUUUAUCACCCUGUAGCACUUUUAUAAAACUGUGCCCAGAAUGUUUGUGAACACGGCCAGGAUUAUUUACUGAAUAUACUUUUGCUUUUAUUAAGACUACAGUAUAGAUUUGAGGAACAAACUUAUUUUGUUGCACUUUUUUGAAUCAUAAAGCAGCACUGGGAUGUUUUCACCUGCAGCGGACAGUUUAUAUGAAAAUGUUGCCAGUAUGUAGUAUUCAGCAGUUACACUGCGUUCACAUGGAAUCAGGCAGACGGGACACGGAAACAGAUUCUGGAUGACACGGGGAAAAACAAACAAAAACAAACAAACAGUCUGACAGAAUUGCAGGACCAAGCGGCCACCUCCAGGCUUUAUACAGACUGUGGGCAGGAUGGUAAAAUGAAACAUGCAUGAGGACACGUUGCCAUGGUGAGGUCAUUUUGUUUACAAAGACUGAAAUAAAAAGCAUUAAAUAAAAUGAAUUAUAUAAUUUUCCA